CCGCGGUGCAGAUUGUCCCUCAUGGGAUUCCGUACUCUCGCCCCGUAGCCGUUAGCGCCGCCCCGACCGUUUGGUCUGCAGCAGGAGGGCAGAGAAAGGCGAUGGCAGGUGUUCAUCCUCAGGACGACCUGCUGAAGAUGAGCCACAGGGAGAACUGGAGGAUGCAGCAUGAGCGGCUGCACGUGAAGCACCGGGGUCAUGAGGCCAUGCAUGCAGAGAUGGUGCUGAUCCUGAUCGCCACGCUGGUGGUGGCUCAGAUAGUCCUGGUGCAGUGGAAGCAGAGGCAUCACCGGUCCUACAAUCUGGUGACUCUGGUCCAGAUGUGGGUUGUCCCUCUUUACUUCACCAUCAAGCUCUACUGGUGGAGGUUCCUGUCCAUGUGGGGGAUGUUCUCAGUCAUCACCAGUUACGUCAUCUUCAGAGCGACCCGCAAGCCGCUAUCCUGCAGGACACCCAGGAUGGUCUACAAAUGGUUCCUGCUGAUCUACAAGCUGAGCUACGCGGUGGGAGUCCUGGGCUACCUGGCCAUCAUGUUCACCAUGUUCGGCUUCAACGUCUUCUUCAGGAUCAAGGCGGAGGACUCCAUGGACGUCGGCGUCAUCAUGCUUUUCUACGGUCUCUACUACGGCGUCAUGGGUCGAGACUUUGCAGAGAUCUGCUCCGACUACAUGGCUUCCACCAUCGGGUAUUACAACAGGGGAGGCAUUCCCAGCAGGAGCCUGAGCGGUGACAUCUGCGCCGUGUGCGGUCAGAGGAUCCUGGUGGAGGUGGAGGAGGAGGGGAUCAUAGAGGACACCUUCCAGCUCUCCUGUGGUCACAUAUUUCACGAGUUCUGCAUCCGGGGCUGGUGCAUUGUGGGAAAGAAGCAGACGUGUCCGUACUGCAACGAGAAGGUGGACCUGAAGCGGAUGAUGAACAACCCCUGGGAGAAAACUCACGUUUUGUACGGCCAGCUGCUGGACUGGCUGCGAUAUUUAGUCGCUUGGCAACCCAUCAUCAUCGGCAUCGUUCACGGAAUAAACUUCUCUCUGGGCCUGGAGUAGAGCCCAGAGGGACGCCACCGGAGUCGCUAGUAAAGGCGGCGCUGAGAAGGACCGCUUCCUGCUGCUGCUCUGAACUCUGCUGAAUUUCCUCUGGGCUGCACCUUCACCUCCAGAUCGCUGCCAACUCAAACUGCCGCCAACAUUAAGGACACUUCAGGCACAGAUCCAGUAGUUUGAAACCUUUUCAGUUGAUGUGAUAAAAUAAUUUACAUAGUAUUAUCUCAGUUUUAUUUGCACACUCCUUCCUUCUGGAUUAUUGGACUCCAGUUUCUGCUUUAUUUAUCUAAAGCUUUUGUUUUGCACAUUGUUUACAUGAGAACGGCUCCAAACUGCUCUAUAGUAUCAGGUAUUCAUGUUUUUCAAAUUUCCUUUAAAAUUCAGGUUUUAUUUAAACGUUUAUCUGAGGUUGUUAUAGAGAUAAUUUAUUACUGGUUGCUCCUGAACUCAGGAUCAGUUUUUCUCUGAAAAAGGCAUCAGUUUGAUGUUGAGUGCCAUUUAGGUUUAAAGUGUCAAAACGUUCUGAAAGAAAACGGUUUUAUUGAAACAAAUGUUUGAUUGCCAAGACUUCCUCUGAAUCUGAAUUUGUAUUAAAUAAACAUUUCUUAAAGCUUUA